AUGCAUUUCGAAAAACGUAUCAAUUAUAUAGAAGAAUACAAAUAUCAUGAAAAAGAAUUUGAUGAUAUAAGUUUCCAACAUAAUAUAUUAAGUUAUAUUUGGCAAGGAGACUAUUCAUCGAGGAUUCAAGAGAGGUUGAUUAAAGGGAAUACAAAAGUAAUUGAUUUAGGAUGCGGGACAGGCCAAUGGUUAAUUGACAUGUCUUUAAAAUACCCUCUUUCAACAUUUAUUGGUAUCGAUAUUUCUUCAAGAUUAUUUCCAUCACAGGAAGAUAAACCAAAUAAUGUAGCAUUUUUACAAUAUGAUCUUUUAGAACAUCCUGGUAUUCCUUUCCCAAAUGAGACAUUUGAUUUCGUUUAUUUGAGAUGUUUAUCAAUGACAUUUAAAGAAAAUGAUUGGGCUCAUGUUAUAAAUGAAAUUGUUAGAGUAACUGAUAUAAAUGGAUGUGUUGAAUUUAUGGAUUUCCUUUGUGAAGGAGGUUUUAAAGGACCUAUAAUGGAGAAGUUAUGUUCUUCAUUGAUAAGUUUCCUUGAGAGUAAAAAUAUUAAACCGCCCUCAACAACCAAAUUAACGGAAUAUUUAAAUCAAACAAAUCAAAUUUCCAACUUACACCUUGAAGUAAAAUCAUCUCCGUUAGGUUCGUGGGGAGGUAAAUUAGGGGAACUUAUGUUAUCAGAUUAUAUAACAAUAUUUCAAAGAUUCAAAUCAAUUUUAGUGUCAUUUAUGAAAUUAUCAGAAAAGGAAUAUGAUAAAUUAUUGAGUGAAUUAGAAAACGAAUGUGUUAAAUAUCAACUAUGUUGUUAUACUUAUAGGUUAUAUGGUAACAAAACCGUGUAA